AUGAUAACUUCUUAUAGUGUUGAUCUUGAUAACCGCAUAAUUCCACCAUAUGCUUUUAUUUCAGCUGAUGAUUCAAAACUUUAUUAUACUGUCAAAAAUAAGGGGACUGAUGCCUUGGUUUGAGCAUUCGAUACAUCGGCCUACACAUCAAAAUGAUUUAUUACUGGAGCAUCAUCUCCUCCUAGAGGAAUGAAGAUGAUCAGUGAUACCCAGAUCAUUUAUAUUGGAGUCGAUGCUUCAAGCAGCCAUGGAGUUCUGAUCAAUGUAGACCCUUCUUCUACCACCCCUACAGUUAACUGGCAGAAGCUUUUAUCAAUCCCUGGAGGAUCAGCAGCAUCAAUGAACAGAGCUGCUGCUACAACCAAUGCAGAUAAGUCACAUGUGUAUGCUGCUGUCCCGAUCGGGACAUCUACUUCAGCAACUUCUUUGGUCUUCAUGGUUAUCGAGGAAUCAACAGGGAGUUUAGUAGUAGAUCCCCUUGUUUCUAGUGAAGUAUGUGCAGAUGUAGACGAAAUAUAUUACUUCUCAAACAAAGUGUAUGUUCUUGUACAGUUCUCAGAAGCAAGAUUGUUAGUAUUUGAUCCAACCUCAAGUUCAUUCGCUACUAUUUUUCAAAGUACAGGAUCAGUUUAUCAUGGAAUCCAUUCUGAUACAGUCGUAGGAAGGCUAAGCUUGAUUGGAGGCAAAUCGAAUUCUCCAUUGAUAUACAAAGCUUUUCCUGAUCAUUUGGGUCUCAAUGGAGAAUUCACUACAUCUUCAAUGACAAUGUCUUCAACCACUUCUUAUGGAUAUUCUUCAAGAACCUACUCAUUUACUUCUCAAGCAACAUAUUCUCAUCCUUCUGCAGGUUCAGGUCAUCCUAAUAUUGCUGUCUCAAAAACCGAUACUGCACUGUGGGAAACUUCAGUAAACAGAUUCAUCGAGCCAAUUUCUAUUGAUGCUAAUCCAAGCUUUGCUUUCGAUGAGCUUGUUAAUGUCACCUGAUCUAUUGGAACAUCAACCCCAAUCAGUUACACAUUCUCUAAAGCAGAUGAUCAAAGUGAUUCUGAAUGGCUCACUUUUACUGAAAGUAACUUCAGCCUUUCUGGAACUCCUCCAGAUAGCGCAGUUGACAAAGUUUACAAAUACACAGUAGCAGCUAGCUGGACUACGACUCCCUCUGGAACUGCUACUACAGAGAUAACAAUCAAUGCUAAGACCAAAGAGACCAUUACUGCUGGAGAAGUUGCAGCAGCCACAGCUCAGUCUCAAGUUGGAGUAGCAGCAGCAAUUGCAGUCGUCAAUGCAGCUCUGAUGGGAACUCCUCCAACUUCAUUAUGGUCUUUACUUCAACAACUCCAGAUGUUAUUGUUGUUGAUGCUUAUUGACGACUACACUCCAUCAGACAUUAAUGAGUUCUUAGAAGGAAUGUCCUUUAUAAUGUUUAACUUCAAUUUUAUUCCUGCUGGAGAUAUUCCUCUUGUUGAUGUCCCAAUAGAUUGGCUUGAUUUUGGAGAACCUGGAGAGAAAAUCCAGAAUCUAGGCGUUGAGUCUGUCAGCACCUUUGUCAAUAACUUCUCAUUGAUUUUUACUUUGAUUUGUGUGAUUGUUGCCCAUAUUGUGUUGAAAAUUAUUCCUUGUUUCAAGCAGAAAAAUCAUCCCAACUGAGUUAUUAGAAAUAUAUCAAUUAUUAAAGAUAAAGUUAUUGACAUAAUCUUUUAUAUCACGUAUGCUAGACUGUUGCUUGAAGCUCAUGAAAACAUGAUUAUCUCAUCAUCUUUUGAAAUAAAAGAGUUUGAUACAUCUUCUGCAUCAAAAACAAUAUCUCACUUGAUCUCAUGGACUUUUCUAUUGCUGUGCUUAAUCAUUCCAACAUUUGCUUUGUAUCUAUUCUACAAUCACAGAAAAGAAUACGAUCCUGAGAAGAAAACUCCGACAAUGGAAUUCUUUGCUGGCCUCAGAAACACUAAAUGGGCCAGGUUUUAUAGUUUCCUUCUAUUGUUCAGAAGAGUCUUGUUUGUCUUAGUGGUAAUUUUCAUGUCAGGCAAUGUGCACAGAGCUUAUAUCUACUCAAUUCUACUUACCUGUCAAGUAGCAUAUUUUGGACACUUGAUAUAUUUGAGACCAUUUGAAGAGCUGCAAGAUAACAUCAUCGAGCUGGUCAAUGAGCUUUUCUUAAUUGAAGUUAUUUGCUAUUUGUUUGCAAUGACAAGCGGUGACAAAUGGACUAACUCAGCCAUCACUUGGUUCAUGAAUAGUCUGACUAUCAAUUGUUUGGUUGUAGUAGCAAUCAUGAUCUAUUUCAUGGUUGCUAACAUCAUAAUUAAGUGUAGAGAAUGGAGAAAGAGCAAAGAUGUCUCAUCAUUCAGCCACUUAUCUGUACAAGAAGAACCUGCUAGAGAGACUGAAAACAGAGAAAUAAAAUCUACAGGCAGAGAGCAAGACUAUGCCGACGAAGAAUCUUAACCCAUUAAUUUCC